AUGUUCAAUAAACAAUCGUUCAAUGUUACUGCCGUCUCCACAGAGCUGCCUGUGCAGAUAGUGAAGCCUCUGAGAGUGAAGAUUGCUAUGUACAAACACAAAGGCCUGCUGGAGUGCCAAGUGUCGCGGGCCAACGCCCAGGUCAGGUGGUUCAAGAACAGGAAUGAGAUCCAGCCCAGCCAGAAGCACCAGAUCGUCAGCGAUGACAUCUACAGGCAGCUCCACAUCCACGACGUGGCCUCAUCUGAUGAGGACACCUACACCUGUGAUGCUGGUGAUGACAAGACAUCCUGUCAGCUGUUAGUGGAGGAGCAGUCUAUCAGCAUAGUGCGGGGACUGAGGUCCCUGGAGGUGACGGAGCCCAGGGAGGCCCUGUUCCAGGUGGAGAUCAGCCUGCGGGCGGGGAGACCCCCCAAGUGGACCCUGGAUGGAGAGGUCCUGAUGGAGGGGCCUAAAGUGAGCAUAGACCGGGAAGGGACCAUGCACACCCUCUGCUUCAGCAGCACAGACAGCUCUAUGACCGGCCCCGUGCAGUUCAACGCCGGGAAGAGCCGCUCUGCCGCACAGCUCACUGUGAAGGAGCGCCCUCUAAAGGUGGUCCAGCCCAUGCCAGACGUGGAGGCUAAAGAGAACAGCUCGGUCACACUGAGCUGUCAAUUUGCCCCCUCCCCCAGGGUGGUACGCUGGUACAGGGGCCGCACCGCCCUGCAAACGUCCAGCAAGUACAGCAUGAAGACGGAGAAGAGCCAGGCAGUGCUGACCAUCCAGGGUCUCAAAGAGACCGACACCGGCCAGUACAGCUGCAUGGCCGGAGGGUCAAAGAGCACGGCUAAGGUCACUGUGGAGGUGCGAAGCCUUAAGAUCAUAAGGCAUCUGGAGCACGUAGAAGUGGAGGAGGAUAGCAACGCCACAUUCACCUGUGAGCUCAACUAUGUGGUCGCCAAUGUGCAGUGGCUCCUGAACAACAACCGUCUUAACGCCAACUCCGUCACCAGGAUCCAAAACAUGGGCACCAUCCACAGCCUCACCAUCAAAAUGCUCCGCCCCCAGGAUAGCAGAGUCACGUUCCAAGCCGGCCUGGUCACCGAGUCCACCUUCCUCAAGGUCAAAGAAAAGCCAGCGGUGUUCCUGAGGUCUCUAGAAGACAUGUCAGGGGAGGAGGAGGGGAAGGUGUGUCUGCAGUGCGAGACCUCUAAGGAAAUGGUCACCCCCAUCUGGAGGAAGGAUGGUACGGUCCUGGCCAGCAGUGACAAACAUGAGCUGCUCAAGUUUGGGAAGUCCUUAGCGCUCAUCAUCCACAGUCUGAGUAAGGAUGAUGCAGGCCACUAUAGCUGUGACCUGGGCACCAGCCAGACCAAGGCCAAGGUCACUGUACAUGACCUUCACAUCACCAUUGCCCAGCGUAUGAAGACGGCCUCUGUUCUGGAGGGCGAGAGCUGCAGUUUCGAGUGCGUCCUCUCUCAUGAUGUCAUCGACGAGUCCUCCUGGACCCUGAACGGUCAACUUGUGGUCAGCAACAGCCGCAUCCAGAGCGUAAACAAGGGCCGCAAGUACAAGAUGACAAUCAGAGAUGCAACCUUGACUGACGCCGGGGAUGUUGUCUUCUUCAUCAAAGACCUCAGCUGCAGGACCAUGCUAUUUGUCAAAGAGAAGCCAGUGCAUGUGUUCAGAGACAUGACAAACGUCAAAGCCACCCCAGGGGAGGAUGCUGAGCUGAGCUGUGAGAUCACCAAGCCUGAGGCCUUCAUCCGCUGGCUGAAGAACGGCCAUCAGAUCAGGCACAGCCCCCCCAAGUACGAGAUCAGUGUGGAGGACCACCUGGUACGGCUGGUGAUCACUAACACCUGCAUCAGAGACUCUGGAGAGUACUGCUGUGAGGCUGACGGCAUUGCCACCCGGGCCAAGCUGGAGGUCAGAGAGCUGCAGCACAUGUUUGCACGUGAGCUGCGGGAGGCACGGGCUGAGGAGAAGAGCAAGGUGACACUGGAGUGCGAGACGAGGUUGCCGGCCAAGAGGGUGACCUGGUUGAAGGGCAUGGCGGAGCUCCGGGCGGGCAAGAAGUAUGUGAUGAAGCAGAAGGGCGUGGCCCUCUCCCUCACAAUCAGCUGCCUGGACAAGAGUGACACGGACGUGUACAUCUGCGACGUUGGCACCAUGCAGAGCCGGGCGCUACUGACCGUAUAUGGUCAGAAGGUGUUGAUCUUGGAUGAGUUGGAGGACGUUGAGUGUCUGGAGAAUGACACGGUGAUGUUCAGGUGCCGUAUCUGUCCCAGCGACUAUGUUGGGGUCAAGUGGUACCUGGAUGAGACCUUACUGUACAUCAACAAGCUGAAUGAUAUCCAGGUGGUUCCGGGGGGAUACCACAGUUUAACCUUCAAACAGUUGGCCCAUAAAGACUCGGGGACCAUCUCCUUCGAGGCAGGCGACAAGAGGUCCUACGCCUCAUUGCUUGUUAGAGAGAGACGUCCCACCAUUACCAAAGCACUGGAGGACUGUGAGGCCAUUGAGGGAGGUGGUUUGGUGCUGGUGUGUAUCACCUCUAAGCCAUGCCACAUUCUGUGGUACAAAGAUGGCUGCCUAAUGUGGAGCUCCUCAAGGUACUACGUCAGUCGCUCAGGUAAUGAGGCCAGGCUGACCAUCAGGGAGGUCAGUAACAGCGAUGCUGGGGAGUACGAGUGCAGCGCUGGAUCGGUCAGCACCAAGGCCGUCGUCACUGUGAAAGCCAUCCCAGCUGAGUUCACCCAGCAGCUGCAGAGCAUGGAGGUGAAGGAGGGGGAGGAUGUAACCCUGUCCUGUCAGUUCUCCUUGCCGGGGGUUGCGUUCCACUGGAGGAGGGGCUUGGAGAACCUCAGGGCUGGAGAGAGGUACCUGAUAAAGCAGAAGAAGUCCCUCAUCUCUCUGACCAUCACCGGCCCGAAACCAGAAGACUCAGGAGACUACACUUGUCAGUGUCGAGACCACAGAACCACAGCCACCCUCACAGUCCACGCUAUCCCCAUAUCCUUCAAACAACAGUUGAAGAAUGUUCAGGCUGAGGAGGGCAAUAGUUUCACACUGCGCUGUGAGCUCUCCAAACCAGGAGUCCCUGUAGAGUGGAAGAAAGGAGAGGAGCUGGUGAGGCAUGGAAGGAAGUUUCAGAUAAGGAAGAGGGAGACCAUAUCGGAGCUUCAGAUAUGGAAAGCUGUGCCAGAAGACAGUGGAGUCUACAGCUGCCAGUGUGCAGACCAAAAGACCACGGCCACCGUCAAAAUCAGCGCCCUGCCCAUUACCUUCAAAAAAAAGCUGAGGAACGCACAGGUUGAGGAGGGGAACAAUUUGGUGUUACACUGUGAGCUCUCUAAACCAGGAGUCCCUGUAGAAUGGAUGAUGGGAGGAGAGGAGCUGCUGAACAACGGAGAGAAGUUUCAGAUAAAGCAGAGAGAGUUGGUGAAUGAACUGAAGAUUCUGGAUGCGAAACCUGAAGACAGCAAUAUCUACACCUGCGUUUGUGGCAAUGUGGAGACCACAGCCGGUGUUACUGUCACGGCAAUUCCAAUCACUUUCAAGCAAAAGCUGAGGAAUCUGCAGACUGAGGAAGGGAUCACCAUCAGCCUGCACUGUGAGCUGUCUAAAUCAGGGGUCCCUGUGGAGUGGAGGCUGGGAGGACAGAUGAUACUGCAAAAUGGAGACAAGUAUCAGAUGAAGCAGAGAGGUUUGGCACUGGAGCUCAUCAUCAGGGAGGCUCUGCCUGAGGACAGUGGAGUCUACAGCUGUGUGUGUCGAGAUCAGAAGACAAAGGCCACAGUCAAAGUCCUUGCUGUUCCCGCCACCUUCAGAGUGGGUUUGAAGAACCAGGAUGCCCCAGAGAAGGGCAACGUGACCCUGCGCUGUGAGCUGUCUAAGUCUGGCGUCCCGGUGGAGUGGUGGAGGGGGGAGACAGAACUGUCCCAGGACCUGUCAGGGGGAAAGUACCAGAUCAAACUGGAGGGGAGGAUCGCUGAGAUGACCAUUACCAACGUGCAACCGGAGGACAUAGGAAAAUACAGCUGUGUCACUGGAGACCAGAAGACCACCGCUGUAGUUAAAGUGCAAGCUCUCCCUGUGACGUUCAAGCGCCAGCUCCAGAACGCGAUGAUCAAAGAGGGGGACAGUGGGGAGUUCUGGUGUGAGCUCUCCAAGCCUGGAGCCCCAGUGGACUGGAGGAAGGGGAGAGUCAUCCUGAAGUCUGGAGACAAAUAUGAGAUGAAGCAGGAGGGACGCAUCACUAAACUGCUCAUCCAUAACGUGGAGGAGAGUGACGCUGGGAAAUACACCUGCAAGACUAAAGACACCCAGUCAACUGCUGAGCUGACCGUGAUGGGCCUACCCCCCACUUUCAAAGAACAGCUGAGGAACAUGGCAGUUGAGGAGGGUAAGACUGUGACACUACGCUGUGAGCUGUCUAAACCUGCAGCGUCAGUUGUGUGGAAGAGGGGAGCAGAGCUGUUGAAGAAUGUAGACAAGUGCCAGAUAAGGAAAAAAGAUUUACUGGUGGAAUUGAAGAUUAUCGAUGCGAAUCUGGAAGACAGUGGGGUUUACACCUGUAUUUGUGGUGAACAAAAGACUACAGCCACUGUUACAAUAAAUGUUCGACCCGUCACAUUUAUAGAGGAACUGAGAAACGUUCAGGUUGAGGAGGGCAACAAUGUGACAUUGCGCUGCGAGCUCUCUAAACCAGGGAUGUUGGUAGAAUGGAUGAGAGGAACAGAUCUGCUGCAGAACGGAGAGAAGUACCAGAUGAAGCAGAAAGAUGCAACGUUGGAGCUGAUCAUCAGGAACACCUUACCUGAAGACAGUGGAGUCUACAGCUGCUUGGUGGAAGACCAGAAAACGUUUGCCACCAUCAGUAUCACUGCCGUCCCAGUCACUUUCAAGCAGAAACUAAAGAACCAAGAGGCUCCGGAGGAGGGUAACGUGACGUUGCGCUGCGAGCUGUCUAAAUCAGGAGUCUCUGUGGAAUGGCUGAAGGGAGAGGAGCUGCUGAGGGAAGGGAAGAGGUACCAGAUGAAACAGGAGGGGAGGACUGCUGAGAUGGUCAUCUGGAACGUGGUGCUGCAGGACGCUGGGGAGUAUAGCUGUGUCACCGCCUGCAAUGUCAGGACAGCAGCUGACAUCAAAGUUAGGGCCCUCCCUGUAACAUUCACACAAGAGGUCCAGAACGCGAUGAUCAAAGAGGGGGACCGUGGGGAGUUCUGGUGUGAGCUCUCCAAGCCUGGAGCCCCAGUGGACUGGAGGAAGGGGAGAGUCAUCCUGAAGUCUGGAGACAAAUAUGAGAUGAAGCAGGAGGGACGCAUCACUAAACUGCUCAUCCAUAACGUGGAGGAGAGUGACGCUGGGAAAUACACCUGCAAGACUAAAGACACCCAGUCAACUGCUGAGCUGACCGUGAUGGCUCCUCCCAUCACGUUCAAGGUGAAGUUGAAGAACCAGGAAGUCGAGGAGGAGAACAGUGUGACGUUGUUCUGCGAGCUCUCUAAACCAGGACUGCCCGCAGAGUGGAGGAAGGGUGAGGAGCUGCUGAAGAAUGGAUUGAGGUACCAGAUAAGGAAGAGAGAGGCAACGAUGGAACUGACCAUCAGGAAAGCAGUGCUCGAGGACACCGGAUUCUACAGUUGUGUUUACGCAGAAGCCAAAACCUCGGCCACUGUCAACAUCACUGCCAUACCUGUCACCUUCAAAAUGGGCCUGAAGAACCAGGAGGCCCCAGAGGGGGGCAUCGUGAACCUGCGCUGUGAGCUGUCUAAAGCUGGAGUCCCGGUGGAGUGGUGGAAAGGCAAGGAGGAGGUGAGCCCUGGAGGAAGGUACCAGAUGAAGCUGGAGGGAAAGGUAGCAGAGAUGCACAUCAAGAACAUCCAACCGGAGGACGUGGGGGAGUACAGCUGUAUAUUCGGAGAUCAGAAGACCACUGCUGAAGUCAACGUGAGAGCUGCUGCAUCAGUCUUCUUUGAGAAGGAGCUAGAGAGCAAGGUGGCGUUGGAGGGGACGUCAGUGGUCCUCUCCUGUGAGGUCUCCAGCGUUACGGUCCCCGUCACCUGGAGGAAGGACUCCUGCCUGGUCACAGACGGGGAGAGGUUCACGUUGAAGAAGAAAGGCCCUGUUCACACCCUGGAGAUCCGGAAGUUGAGUCUGGAGGACGCCGGGGAGUACAGCUGCAUCACCAGGGGAAAGAAGACCACAGCCAUGCUAGUUGUGAAAGAGCGUGUGGUGAUCUUAUCAGGACUGAAGGACAUGAAGAUCAUGGCCGGGCAGGACGCAGUGUUUGUGUGCGAGCUGUCACACAAGGAGGUAAGCGAGUGCGAGUGGUGGCUGGGCUCCAGCCUCCUGCAGAAGAAUGAAAUGAACCAGAUGAGCUGCUUGGGCCACCAGCACCGCCUGGUCCUGACCAUGACCACGCCAGAGGAGACCGGGACCGUGGCCUUUGUGGUCGGGGAGGAAAAGACCUCCGCCCAAUUGUUGGUGCUCCCCAAACCCAAAGUACUCAUUGAGAAGAAGCCUGGGGACAUCGUCAUCAUGGAAGGGGAGAUGGCCACUUUAUCCUGUACGACCUCUGACCUCUUUAGCCCUGUCACAUGGAGGAGGAACAGGAUGCCCCUCCUGAACGGAGAUAAGUAUGAGACUCGAAAGGAGGGCAAGCUCAACCUGCUGCUCAUCCAUGACACGGAACCAGGAGACUCUGGGAUAUACUCCUGUGACACUGGGGACAUGCAGAGCAGCGCCAAUCUGACUGUCAAUGAGCUGACUCCAUACUUUGAGGAUGAGCUGCAGACUGUGGAGGCUGAGGAAGGGGGCACUGCCUUCCUAUCCUGUGAGUUGUCUAAGCCUGCGGUCCCAGUCCAGUGGAGGAAGGGCCGGCUACCUCUCAGGCCAAACAGGAAGUACAAGAUGAGGCAGGACGGCUGUGUGUUUCAGCUACACAUCCUGGAGCUGAAGAAGGAAGACAGUGGCAGCUACACGUGCCAGGCAGGUGGUGUGGAGACCACCGCCUCUGUGACAGUAAAGCCUCCCUCAGACAAGACAGAUCCUCCCAAGACAAUUCCUCCCACAAAGGCUGCCUCUUCCACUACUCCACCAGAAGAGGCCCAAACUGGCCCUCCAGAGCCAAGGAAACGGGGCAUGACCCGGUCAUCCAUUGUGGAGUCAGAGGAAGAUCUGGAGCUUGAGGAAAAAGAGACCGUUGUAAACCCACAUAAGAAACAGUCAUUAAGGUCUAUGGGUAAGGAGACUAAGGUAGACCAGCAGGAGAAACAGAAAGUUAAACAGCCAGUAGGUAUGGUGAAGGAUACCAUAGCAGAAAAGACCCAGAAACAGCUAGUACCACCACUGAGGUCUAAAGGGAAGGAUUCACAGAUGGACCAGAGGGAGAAAAAGCCAGUGAAACAGCCAGUCAGAGCUAUAGUGACAGACACAGAGGAGAAAAAGACUGAAAUAGACCCAAAGGAGAAAAAGAUAUUGAAAGAGAUUGGGGUAGACGAGGUAAGAGUCAACCAGAAGACCAACAAGCCUGUAGUUGCUGUAGCUGGGGUUCCCAAGGGGCUCCCGAUGACUAAGCAAGUAGACAAGACUGAACCUGACAUGGAAAUCAGUGUAGAGGACGAACCUGAGAUGCUGGAUGCCGCCAUCAAGAUCCAGGCAGCUUUCAAGGGAUACAAGACCCGCAAAGACAUGCGGCCAAUCUUCAAGCAGGUGUUCAAGAACCAGAACGUUGAGACCAACGGUACCAUCCAACUAGCGUGCGUGGUGGAAGGGAAGUCCAACGUAGUACGCUGGCUGAAGAAUGGCCAGCAGAUCAUAGGAGACCAACGCCACCGCAUGAACACCUCUGAGGAUGGCGUCUGCACACUGGUGAUCAUCAACAUGUCAGCCAUAGACACUGGGGUCUAUACAUGUGAGGUGGUCAACAAGUUUGGUGUGACCUCAUAUAAUGGCAACAUUACUGUGGGUCAACCUCAAAACCUUCCACCCUCCACCCAGAGGCCUGCAGCCCCAGCACAGCCCUCCACCCAGAGGCCUGCAGCCCGAGCACAGCCCUCCACCCCUUCUGUGCACCCAGUCCUGGCCUCUGUUGGCCCUCUCCAGCAAGCCCAGACCUCCACCUCUGGGAAGGAGACUAUGGAUUCUGUGGAGAGUGAGGAGAUCUCCCUGUGGCAGGCCUACAACCUUACCGAGGAGGAUCCCCGCAAUACCCUGCAGGAGAGGAGGAGAGCCUCACUCAUCUCCGCCAGCUCUAUGUCUAGUCCCUCAGACUACGACACAGCUCCAGAUUUCAUAGAGCCUGUUGACAUCAUCCCCAAAGAUCCCUGCAGGCAACAGGAAGAGGACCAGUUACCCCAUAAGGAUAAAGAACAGAAAGUCACCCCUCAACCACCAAAGAGGCAUUUGAAGGUCAAAGCUACUGAUGCCAAGCUGAGGACUCUGUCCCCGAAACACCACUGUGCCCACACGCCUGCUGCUCUAACAGGUUCUGGCUCAGAGUCAGAUGGUGACGAGGACAGAAGAGAGACUUUUGAUGUCUAUGUGGCCAGAGCUAACUGCAACUCUCAACAAGGUGGCUACAAGGAGAGCUUUGUGUUGAAGGAGGGACAGUAUGUGGAGGUCUUGGACUCUGUCCACCCUGAGAAGUGGCUGGUCCGUACCAAACCCUCCAAAAACAGCCCCUCACGCCAAGGAUGGGUCUCCCCUGCAUACCUGGAGAAGAAGAGAAAGGAAACAUUCCCACAAGUGAGGACACCACAACAAGAGAUGGAUGGAUCAGGUUCUACAGAGGAAGAGUACAGAAGAACAUUAAGCCAAUUGAUCCAGGGGCUGAUUGAUGGGGAGGAAGAGUUUGUGAAGGAGAUGAAGGACUUUACAUCCCACUACCUGCACCACUUAGACACUAGCCCUCAUGUCCCCAUCAACAUCAUCAACCAGAAAGAAACUAUCUUCCGCAAUAUCAAGGACAUCAUGGCUUUACACGAGAGGUCUAUUCUGCCCAGGCUGAGCGAGUGUUCUACUGAUGAUGACGUGGCCAUGCACCUGGUCAAACACGCAGAGGACUUUCAGAAGUAUCUGCAGUACAUGAUGGGCCAAACACAGGCAGAGGCCUGUGUCACUGACAAGACCAUCCAGCAGUACUUCAAGGCAUGCAAUCAGAUCAUUUACCAUAAGCCUGAGCACUCCGAAACUGCAGCGCUGGAUGUCAUCACCUUCUUACAGAGACCAGCGGAGAGGAUUCAGACCUACCAGGCCUUGCUCAAGGAGCUGAUCAAGAACAAGGCAAAGUGUGGGAAAAGCUGCUGUCUGCUGGAGGAUGCAUUCUCCAUGGUGUCCUGUCUGCCCUGGCGUUCUGACAACCUGCACCAGGUGUCUCUGAUUGAGAACUACCCUGCCCCACUCACUGCACUGGGAGAACCCGUCCGCCAGGGUCCCUUCACUGUGUGGGAGGAGUCUCCUGAGAUCAAGACGUCCUCCCGGGGGCACCAGAGGCAGGUGUUUCUCUUUAAGGACUGUGUCCUCCUUUGUAAGCUCAAGAGAGACCCCGGCAUGAACUCUGACACCUACGCCUUCAAGAACAAGAUGAAGCUGAAUGAUGUGAAGGUGAAGGAGAUGGUGGGGGGAGAUGAGAAGUCCUGGGAGCUGUGGCAUGAGCACCGCGGCUCAGUGAGGAGGUACACACUGCAGGGUCAUUCCACCUUGCUCAAGCUGUCCUGGCUCAAAGACCUGAGAGAGCUGCAGCAACGCUCCAGCCUGACUACUUCUAGUCCACCAGAGUUCAAAGUUCUCCUGGCUGACUGCACAACAAAGAUCGGGCAGACAAUCAAAUUGGCAUGCAAAGUCACAGGAACACCAAAACCAGUGGUCAGCUGGUUCAAAGAUGGCCUGGUCCUAGAGGACGGCCCUCACCACAUCAUCACUGCAGACCGGACAGGAACCUGCUGUCUCAUCCUGGACGGGGUCACUCCCAAGGACUCUGGACAGUACGUGUGCUAUGCCUCCAGCCCCGUGGGUCAUGCUAGCACACUGGCCAAGAUGGUGGUGGACGCACCCCCCAGGUUCAUUACUAGGCUGCAGAGUGCAUGUCUGAUGGAGGGAGAGGAAGUCCAGUUUACCUGCUCCACGCACAGCACACCUCUACCCCGAGUCAGGUGGUUUAAGGAUGCCAGAGAGCUGACAGACCAGAGGAAGUACCACAUAGAGAGUGACGCCCGCAGUGGGAUCCUCACUCUCACCAUAAUGAACCCUGGAGAGACAGACCUGGGAUGGUAUGAGUGUGAGCUGUUGAACCAGUUGGGUAGUGCCAAGAGUAAAGCAGAGCUGUGCGCCGCCUUCACACAAGUGAUUGACAGUGAGCCUGACCAACCACAGGUCCUCUUGACCAACGGUAGGAGAGUUCCACCCAAUCAAGGUAAAUGUCCACCUGGGAGUAAGGAAGCAGGUUUUGAGAAGAAGGCUUCUGUGAGUGAUGCAAUUGUGCUUCCUCCAGACUCAGAUGGCUGGUCCACUGCCAUGGUGAAGCAAUGGCUACAGACAGAUUUCAGCCCCACAUCUAUCGUCAAAAUGCUCUUCCAGCCUGGAUAUGCUAAGCCAGCUGAGGGUGGCCCAGAGGAAAGGGACCCCACCACCAGAGGCCACGUGGAGGUGCCCCAGUUCCCCAAUGAUCUUGAGGAAAGACCCGAGGUUGAGGAGGAACUUUAUCUCCCUGAGACCAUACAGGAAAUGCCAACAGCUCCUCCCUCCACUCAGGUGCCGGCAGAGGACCUAUGUGUGGAGUCUGGCCAAUCAGCUACCUUCACCAUCAUCAUCACAGGAAGGCCAACCCCCGAGAUUCAGUGGUACAAGGAUGGAGAGGAGCUGUUGGCCAAUGAGAAUGUGGAGGUGGUCCAGAAUGGUGCCCGCUGCUCUCUGACUGUGCUGUACCCGGAGAGCGAGGAUGGUGGCAUCUACACCUGCUGGGCCUAUAACGACUCCGGACACACAUCCUGUCAGGCUCAGCUCACAGUGGAGGAGGGUCCACUGGAGUCGCAGGAGAGGGAGGUGGAGCUUGGGAAGAGGAGGAAGCUGCUCUCUGUGUAUGACGUCCAUGAGGAGAUAGGGAGAGGCACAUAUGGGGUGGUGAAGCGGGUUACACACAAGAGGACUGGCGAGGGCUUUGCCGCCAAGUUCCUGCCCCUGAGGAGCAGUACGAGGACCAGGGCCUUCCAGGAGAGAGACCUGCUCUCCCGGUUGGCUCACCCCAGGGUGUCCUGUCUGCUAGACUUCUUCUCUACACGCAGGACCCUGGUCCUGGUCACUGAAGCCUGCUCUUCUUAUGGUCUUCUUGAUCAUCUGCUGUUGAAGGGAUCGGUCAGUGAGAUAGAGGUGCAGAUGUACGUUCAGCAAAUCCUGGAGGGAGUUGGUCACAUCCACAGCAUGAACAUUCUUCAUCUGGACAUCAAACCGGACAAUAUCCUGAUGGUGUUUCCACCCAGAGAGGAGAUCAAGAUCUGUGACUUUGGCUUCUGUCAAGAGAUGGACACUUCCAGACACCAGUAUAGCCAGUUUGGCACUCCAGAGUUUGUAGCACCUGAGAUCAUACAUCAAGACCCUGUCACUAUAGCAAGUGACAUCUGGUCCAUUGGUGUUGUGGCGUAUUUAUGUCUGAUGUGCCGCUGUCCGUUUGUGGGGGAGACGGACCGGGCCACUCUGCUGAGGGUGGGGGAGGGGACACUGAACUGGGACGCACCUGACCUCAUCUACAGGAGCACAGAGGCCCAGGACUUCCUCCGCAUGGUCCUGCAGCCAGACCCAGAAAAGCGACCAACUGCAUUUGAGUGUCUGGGACAUGAAUGGUUCCAGAGCGAGGAUGAAACUGAUGACAUCAACACAAGGGCUCUGAAAGUCUUUAUCUCAAGGAGGAAAUGGCAGCGUUCUCUGACCUGCCUGGGCUCUGUCCUCACCCUGAGGUCCAUCCCAGAGCUGCUCGAUGCCCCUCCUCGGGAGACCUCUGUCACAGCCCCGCGGGACCCCCACGAGUCCAGCAGCAGCUCAAUGAGCAGCGGCUCCUCCUCGGAGUACGACGAGGCCGACGCCUGGGACUUCUUCCACCACUGCACCACCACAGAGGAGGAUGAAGAUGAGGAGGAGGAGGAAGACUUCGAUCUCGUCAUGGAGAGAGCCAGGAUCCCUGAGCCCUUCGCCAAGCUUAAAUUGGACGAAAAGGAGGAGGAGAGGAUCAUGGAGAAAGAGGAGAUGGGAGGACAGAGGAUUGUGCUAGAAAGGAGCAUAAGCAGGCAGUCCGUAGGGUCCUCGGACACCUCCAGGCAGCCAACCCCCCAGAGGGAGAGGAGGGUCAGCCGAGACAGCAGCCCAUCCUUGUACUUCUCAGAGGGUGAUGACAGCUCUGUUUCCGGGAGUGAAGGAGGGCGCAUCGCCAGGAGCAGCCUGAUCCACAGCACCUUCUAUGACAGCUCCACGCAGCUCUCGCCCAUGUCCGCCCGCCACAUGACCCUCAGGGACAAGUUCCAGGCCAAAAAACAGGAGAGGGGCCGCAAACCGCACCGUAGCAGCCUCUCUAGCCGCCUUAACGAGCCGCUCAUUGAGUACAUGGAGGACGAGGGCGAUACCAAUCACGGGCAAAGGCGAGGGUCUUUGCAGUCGUCCAUGCUCAAGUCUUGCUCCUUCGACAGCGGGGUCGGCCUCUCGCACAAUGCACCCCCGCACAGGAGGAGCAGGUCGUUGGACGACUACUCCCGACACUCACCAGGAUCCGCCAAACGCAGAGAAGAGGAAGGUGCUUUGAGUCUUAAGGAGGAUUUCACUGAUGAAGAGGAGGAUAAGAGCUUAGUCGUUGCCCCUCCCCAGAUCAAAGGUAGAAGAGGUUCAGUGGCAGUGGCUCCUGCACAGCUUAUAUCCAAGCUUCAGAAACUGGGUGCAAAAUUUCCCCAUGCUGGUCAAGAAAAGAGCCCUAUGCCAGAGCAGGGGAGACCAGGGGAGGAGGAAGUGGAGAACCUGGCUGGCUCGCAGGGCUCCCUGGCUGAGUCCUUCAUCCUCGAGCAUGGCUCUGAGGCCUCCAGCAGGCUGGGCUCCUGUGAGGAUAUGUCCCACGGCCGCCCUUUUGCCACACAUAGAGGGAGAGCAGGGGAUGAGUAUGAUGACCAGGAGGAGCCCCUGAUCUCCCCGUCCCCCUGCUCCCUGCUCCAGGCUUCUGAGGUUGAGGAUGGUGAGCAGGAGCCCCAGCACCGGAGAGGCCAACUUCAGAUCCCACCGAGAAGGACAACACACCCCAACCAGAACCCAACAGACAGAAAUAUGGGUCCGGUAGAGAGGAAGGUCCUGCCAGUGAAACCCAGUCCUAGUCUGUCCAUCAAGGCCCCAGAGAGGCCCCCAAGGGCCAGAGACACAAAGGCACGACUCCAGAGGCAUGCGUCCACACCGGCCCUUGAGGCCAAACCGCCCACGGGGAAGUCUCCUAGGAUGUCACCCAAAGUUGGGUUAAUGAAUCUGUUCCGCAGGCAGUCCUGGGCAGGGCAUUCCUACUCCCAAUUGGAGGGCGCGGAGCAGGGACCCACACUAGGGGAAUUGGAGCCCCAAACCCCCACCAUGUCACUAAAGAAAAAGAUGAGGGCAUCAGCCUCUAGCCUCACCAAGCUGUUCACUAAAUCGUCCAGCAAGGAGGACUUAACGAAGGGAGGGCCGAUUGUAAAGGGUUCAUAUCCUGUUCCGCCUGAGCAAGAGGCAAGCCCUGGCUUGAGGAGCCCAAAAAAGAAAUCCAAGUUCUUCUCCUUCAAAAUACCUAAAAUACCUGCAUUCAAAAAGAACAAAGAAAUGCCUAUCCGCCCCACCAGGCCUGAUGUGCACCAGUUGGAGGCAGGUGGAUUUUUGCUGGUAUGGAGACCGAUGCAGUCCAGCGACCCAGUGGUUUACGGUGUUCAGUACAGCACAGAUGGUGUGGAGUGGAAGCUCUUGUCGGAGGAGGUGACAGACAGUUGCUACGUGGUGAAGGACUUACCCAGAGGAGCAGGAUACGUGUUCAGGGUUGGCUGCAUCAUCAAGACAGGCACAGGACCUUUUAGUGACCCUUCUCCACCUGUUGUUAUGGCAACCCAUCCUGAAGAGACCCACAUUCCCCUCAUCCAGACAGAGUCCCCAGGUUCAAAGGGCAGUAGGUCAGGAGGUCAACCUAGCCACAAGACCUACAGCUUCCUCUCGGAGAUCAACAGGGGCCGUUUCAGCGUGGUGACCCAGUGUCAGGACAGCCAGAGCCAGCAGCUGUUUGCUGCCAAGAUCACCCCCUGCAGGCCAGAGAAGAGACAGCUGGUGCUCAGAGAGUACCAGCUGCUGAAGAGGCUCAACCACCCCAACCUGGUGCAGCUGCACACAGCGUACAUAACCCCCUACUACCUGGUGCUCAUCCAAGAGCUGUGUGCCGGCAGAGAGCUGCUCUACAACCUGGCUGAGAGAGACCUGUAUUCUGAGCUCCAUGUAGCAGAGUUGCUGGCUCAGAUCCUGAGUGCCGUGGACUACCUGCACGGCCGCCGCGUUGUCCACUUGGACCUCAAGUCAGACAACAUGCUGGUGACGGACUGCAACAUGCUGAAGAUUGUAGACCUGGGCUCCGCUCAGUCCUUCACGCCCGGACAGACACUCAACAUAGAGCAUAUUCAGGGACAAGAGAAAGUUUACAUUGUCCUUCCUAAAGCUCCGGAAAUCCUUGACGGACAAGGAGUCGGACCUGAGACUGACAUCUGGGCUAUUGGGGUAUUAGCUUUUAUAAUGUUGAGUGCAGAUAGCCCGUUCCACUCAGACCUCAACUGGGAGAGGGACAGAAACAUCCGGAAGGGGAAGAUCCAGUUUGGCCGAUGCUACCCUGGCCUGUCAGAGGCAGCAAUCACCUUCAUGAAGAACACACUGAGCAACAAGGCCUGGGCCAGACCCUCAGCGGCUGAGUGCCUCCAGAUCCCGUGGGUACGGGGUGAGUGGGCCACCUCCAAACACAGAGACUCCAUCUUGUGUUUCUCCACCGACAAGCUGCAGGCCUUCCUCAAGGAGAGACAGGUGAAACGAGACCAGGUCCGCACCAAGCUGCAAGGCCCGUUCUUCCAUUGAUCUGCUCUUCCAGUAGACUGUUAUGAAAUACAUGAACUGGACUUGGAUGUCUCUUCAUAGCCCAGAUCCUGGUCACAAAUAUGUGAUGUCUUACAAAUGUUAACCUAAAAUGGAAACUGGUCAAAUGUGUAUGUAUUAAUGGCUGUCUAAAGUUAAGUGUUUGUCUGAAUGAGUUUGACUUUGGUUGAAUUACAGCAUCAUGAUAUCAGGGAAAUGUUUAGUUAGAUGCUUUAUGCAAAUACAGUUGCACGAGUUUGAUAACGUGAAAACAUUGUUCCUUUGAGUUUGCGGAAUUGGACAUGACAAAAGUUAAUAUUUCAUGAGCUAGAUUUGUAGAUUUUGUGAUUUAUUAGCCAAAGCGACAGAUAAGAGGGUUCAUGUGCCCAAAGCAUAGCAAGGGCCCCUACCAGCAUAAAGCUUUGUCUCACAAAGAGAGGAACGUUGAAAUCCCUAUCGGUAGAUACAUAUAGACAGAUAUUUAAAUAUACACUGUAUAGAUAUUUAGGAGUGAAUUAUUUACAAGAUUGCAAUGUUUGACAUGUUUUCAAUUGUCUUGUUAUAUUGUAUAAAUGGAGAAUAAGAUCAUGAGUAAAUCAAGCAUUUUUGAUGAUC